GACAGUUCGUAAAAUGUGGAAAAUAAUAAAAGCGUAAAAUUUUGAAAUUCUGCACAGAAUUUAAUUAUUUAAUUCUAAAAUUAUUAUGAAGAAUAAAGUCUAAACAAAAAAGAUUAAUAAAAAUAGUGUCAAAUAUGCUAAGCAAUAUUUUCGGUUUACAUUUAGAAAAAUGAUUUUCUAACCUCACAUUUCCUCUUGAAUUAUGUUGUCAACAAAAAAAGAAAUGCAUUCUAAUAAAGUAGAGAAUGAAAAAAAGGAGAAUAAAAAGAAAAUGAAAUUGAACAAAAAAGCCUCACAAGAUUCGAUGAAAUUACCUAAUAUAAUUGAUGCGAAAAUUGAACCACUUUUUAAAUUUCCGAGCGAAUUAUCAAGAGAAUUGUUAAUUAAGAAAAAAUUAAAUUUACCAAACAAUGAAUUAGGAAUUUCGAAAAAACAGGGAAAUAAGAUUUUAUCCAUGAAAAAUUCAUAUACGCAACAACGAUUGAAACGGGAACAUUUUCGAAGACAUUUGAUUGAAUUAAUUGUGAAAUCAGAGCAUUCCGGUGAUGAUGGUGAUGAUGACGAUGAUGAGAUAUUGAACAGUACUCGUGAUAUAGACAUUAACAGAUACUAUUAUUAUAUUCAGAAUGGAAUCAAUACCGUUCACGUUACCACAUUUGAAAAGAAUAUCGUUGACAAUAUUAUAAUAUUAGUUUCACCGAAAUUUCGUAAUCGAUUUAAUGAAUCGCUAAAUAAUUUACUGAAGGAAGUUGAAGAUGAAUUUAUUAUAUCGAUGAAAAAGUCAAUUGUUGAAUUUGCUUUUAAGGAUCCAUUCGAAAAUGAAUUUCAACAGGAAUCUUUAACACUGGAGAGAAUGGAAAUCAAGAAAUUAUUAUUUCAAAAUAGAAAAUCUUUUGAUAACAGUCAGCUAAAAAUGAAUAGAAAUUUACAUUUAAUAAAUCCAUGCAUGAGACAGACACUCGAUGAAUGGUUUCAUAAUUAUCGAAACUUUCGUCUGAUUGAUCUGGAGAAAAUAAAACAGCAUACGGAAAGUUGGAAUUUGAUGGAUUUUCAAAAUGUAGUCGUCCAUCAAAUCAAACGCUCUAGGAAAAAUCUCUUAAACACCUGGUUCAGUGGAGUGCAGAAUAUUUUUCUUGAGAAUAAUAAAAGAAAUCUCGUUCCAAGUCCAUUGCAAGAAAAGUUGUUUAAAAGAUUUUAUGAGUGUGUAGGAAAGCUCAUGGAGUUUCAGCUUUUAUCUGCUUGCAAGCAUACGCUUAAAGACUUUAUGCGAUAUAUUUGUGAGACGGAACCCUUUGUAAAUCGAAGUUUUAAAUUGAACAUAAUCGUGAAAGAAAAAGAACCUUUAUUUGAGCCAUUAACUAAGAACUUUGAAGAUGUCUUUUGCAGUAUCUUGAAUGCUAUUUGUGAAGCAGUUACAGGCUUUGACAGACUUGAAUCUCAGUUGUACCUUGAUUGGAACGGCCCUCAGGCUUUUCUUAAGCCACAAGUUUCAUGGAAAGUAGUCGAGACUUAUAAAAAGGAAAUCGCAUUUACUAUCAAUGAAAAGAAAAUCGAACCUGAAGAAUAUCUCAAUAAAAUUCGCAGAUAUGCUCAUUUCUUUAAUGACGAAGAAUUGGAAAAAGUGAACGAAUUUCUAUCAAGCAAAAUAAAUAGUCUAAAUGACUUUAAAGAAAAAAUUGACUAUUAUCAUAAUUUAUCAAAGGACAUUUCGAUAGAAAUAGAAAAAACUUCCUUUACCGAAUUCUUUGAAAUCAGUUACAACAGUUUCAUCGAAACUGUUACGAAUAAUGUGAAAUCAUUUAAAAUUGCAAUCGUUAAUCAAUUAGUAGCACAAUAUCAGUCUAUCGCAAAAAGUGUUGGAGAGGAAUAUCAAACGAUUGCUGAUCGUGCACUGAAUGCUCCUACAAAUACUGCUGGAUUAAUGGAACUUAUCGAUUAUAUGAAAAAGGUGGAGGGAUUCUUCUUAAAACAGUUGGAAAAUAAGCUUCAGAAUAUAAUCGAAGUUUUAGGGAUUUUGUCUGACUAUUGGAUUCUCAGCGAAGAUGAGAUACGAACGAAUAAUAUUGCAUUUCAAUGGUAUCAUAAAAUACCUCAAAUUUUGGAAGAUAAUCGAAUUAUCAUUGAAAAUAAAACACAAGAAUUUCAAGAUUCACUAAAAAUUAGGUAUCAAAAAUUCGAGGAGGAAUUGGAAUUGUAUGCAAAACAAGUGGAUGAUAUUCAAUAUUGGGGUGAUAUAGAUGAAAUACUUAAUUACCAAAAGAAGGCGCAGGCAUUGGAAAACAAAUUAAUUCACGCCAUGCAAAAAAUAGACAAGUUUAAUGAAGAAGAACAGGCUUUCAAAUGGGAAACAACUCAGUAUCCAUUAAGAAAGAAAAUCGCCGAUCGCUUAAUGUCUUUUAAAAAAUUGUUCGACGCUGGCUGUGAAUUUUUGAUGAAACAUGAAAAAUGGGUUAACACUCAAAUUGGCACAUUUGAUCCCGAAGAAAUCGAGAACGACGCCUCUUUGGCCUACAGAACCCUCUUUAAGCUUGAGAGAUCAUUUCAAGAAGUAGAAUCAAAGAGAUUGGCGCGUAUGCUGAGAGAGAAGAUAGAAAAUUUCAAAGAUCAUAUGCCAGUGAUAAUGACACUUGGCAAUCAGGGAAUGAAACAGCGGCAUUGGGAGGAGAUUUCGGAAAUAAUUGAAAUUCCAAUUAAAGUCGAUGCAAAUUUGACACUAGGCAGAGUUUUGGACAUGAAUCUUGAUCAGUUGGUGGAGAAAUUUGAAGGCAUUUCGGAGAGUGCAAGCAAGGAGAGUACUCUAGAGAAGAAUAUUGAUAGAAUGCAUAAAGAUUGGUCCGAUAUGCAAUUUACCGUGAAUCCUUAUAAAGAUAUUGGAACCUUUGUUGUUGCUGGUGUUGAUGACAUUCAAGUAUUGCUCGAUGAUCACAUCACUAAAGCCAUUACUAUGAAAAAUUCGCCUUAUAUUAAACCUUUCGAGACCGAAAUCAUGAUGUGGGAGAAGAAAUUACACUUGCUGCAGGAUAUUUUGGAUCAGUGGUUGGUGGUUCAAGGAAUAUGGAUGUACUUGGGACCGAUUUUCUCAUCGCCUGAUAUUCAACAGCAAAUGCCUGAAGAGGGUCGGAAAUUCAGUGCUGUUGAUAAAAGUUGGCGCGAUAUUAUGAAAACGGUGCAAGCGGAUCCUCGAGUUAUGUCUGUGGUGAAAAUAGAUAAAAUGCUUGAGAGAUUGAAAAAAAGUUUCGGUCUAUUGGAAUUAAUUCAAAAAGGACUCAACGAAUAUUUGGAAAAGAAACGACUCUUCUUCCCGAGAUUCUUCUUUCUCUCGAAUGAUGAACUUUUGGAAAUUCUCUCGGAAACUAAAGAUCCAACUCGUGUACAGCCGCAUUUGAAAAAAUGCUUCGAGGGAAUAGCGAAACUGACGUUUGACGAUGAUUUGAUAGUUCAUGCGAUGAUGUCGGCUGAAGGUGAGAUUGUUGAAUUGGUUGAUUUAAUAUCAACAGCGGCUGCUCGUGGUCAAGUUGAAAAAUGGCUGGUGGAAUUGGAAGGCGACAUGAGAAAAAGUGUCAGGCACAAAGUUCAGGAAGCAAUUGAAGCUUAUCCAAAGAAAGAGAGGACAAUUUGGGUUCUUGAGUGGCCGGGACAAACGGUUCUUUGCGUCAGUCAAUUAUACUGGACUCAGCAAAUUGAGGUGGCGAUUGCUGAUAAAAAUCCCCUGCAAGCAUUGCAAACUUAUUUCGAUCAAUGUCAAAGGGAAUUGAAUGACAUUAUUUUAAUAAUUCGUGGAAAAUUAUCGAAGCAGAAUCGCAUUACUUUAGAGGCUCUAGUUACUUUGGACGUUCACGGAAAGGAUGUUCUCGCAGAUCUUGUAAAAGAAGAGGUCACCAGCAAUAAUGAUUUUAAUUGGCUUUGUCAACUUCGUUACUAUUGGCAGCAAGAGAACAUGUUCACCUACAUGAUUAAUUCUUUCCUCCGCUAUGGCUACGAAUACCUCGGCAACACAGGAAGAUUAGUGAUAACUCCAUUAACGGAUCGUUGUUAUCGCACUCUAUUCGGCGCCCUGAGUCUUCAUCUGGGCGGAGCGCCCGAAGGUCCCGCAGGAACCGGAAAAACCGAAACCACCAAAGAUUUAGCGAAAGCAAUGGCAAAACAAUGCGUUGUCUUCAAUUGUUCCGAUGGCCUCGACUACAUUGCAUUGGGAAAAUUUUUCAAAGGUCUCGCCUCAUGCGGUGCCUGGUCAUGUUUCGAUGAAUUCAAUCGUAUCGAUCUCGAAGUUCUAUCGGUUGUUGCACAACAAAUUUUAACAAUACAACGUGGCAUUAAUUCGGCAAUGGAAAAAUUAUUAUUCGAAGGAACGGAAAUUAUUCUCGAUCCAACUUGCGCCGUUUUCAUAACAAUGAAUCCUGGCUACGCGGGUAGAUCCGAAUUACCCGAUAAUUUAAAAGCACUCUUUCGCUCUGUCGCCAUGAUGGUACCGGAUUAUGCACUCAUAUCGGAGAAUAUUCUCUAUUCGUUUGGCUUCUAUAAUGGACGAUCAUUAGCCGUUAAAAUUGUCACGUGCUAUAAAUUGUGCUCGGAACAAUUGAGCAGUCAAUGUCAUUAUGAUUAUGGAAUGCGAGCUGUCAAAUCCGUGCUGACAGCCGCUGGUAAUUUGAAACUCAAGUAUCCAAAUGAAUCCGAGGAUAUAAUAUUACUGAGGAGUAUAAACGAUGUGAAUUUACCGAAAUUUUUAAAUCAAGAUCUACCACUCUUUCAGGGUAUUGCUUCUGAUCUUUUUCCCGGUGUUUCACUGCCGGAACCGGAUUAUACCCACAUUAAUAAUUGCACAAGGGAAGCGUGCUCUGAUAAGAGGAAUAAUCUUCAGUGCACGGAUUAUUUUCUAGAGAAGGUGCAACAAAUUUAUGAGAUGAUGAUUGUUAGACAUGGUUUUAUGAUUGUUGGUUUGCCAUUCGCGGGUAAAACGUCAGCGUAUAAAAUGCUGGCCGAUUGUCUCGCGUUACUUGAGGAAAAAGAGUUGAUGAAUGAACAUAAAGUGGAAAUUACUGUAAUUAAUCCAAAAUCAAUUACAAUGGGUCAACUCUAUGGGAAUUUUGAUCCUGCUUCUCAUGAAUGGAGCGAUGGUAUUCUUGCCGUGAGUUAUCGAUCGUUUGCAAAUUCGACGAAUGAUAAUAGAAAAUGGUUGGUAUUCGAUGGACCGGUUGACGCUGUUUGGAUUGAGAACAUGAAUACAGUUUUGGAUGAUAACAAAAAACUUUGUCUUAUGUCGGGCGAAAUUAUUCAACUCUCGCCUACUACGAAUUUAAUUUUCGAACCAAUGGAUCUCGAGGUUGCAUCACCGGCGACAGUCUCUCGUUGCGGGAUGAUUUACAUGGAGCCAGUUUCUCUAGGUUGGACACCAAUUUUAGAUUCUUGGAUGAACACACUUCCGGAAUUGUUGAGCGAUCAUGUUAAAUUUCACAUUAAGGACAUGUUCUUGAGAUUUUGUCCGGCUCUGUUGAGUCUGAUCCGACGAUCCGGUGUUAAGGAGAUGCUUUACAUGCCCGAUGCUAAUUUGACCCGAUCCGUGAUGUUCUUGUUUGAUUGUUUUCUAAUUGACUUCAGAGAUGACAAAUAUAUCGAAACUCUAUCAGAUUUGGAAAUCAGAGCUCAGAUUGAGGGUUCCUUCUUCUUCUCCUGCAUCUGGGCAAUGGGAGGGACAAUUCUACCUGUCUAUCGCGAAUGGUUUAGCAUCCUCUUCAGAGCUCUAAUGGAACGUGAAUUUCCCUCGGAUGUAAAGGAACGCUUCUCACUGGAAAAUGUGGAAAAUCCAAAAAAACCCUACAUAACAAUGAUGCCAUCCCUCGGUCUCGUGUUCGACUACAAAUUCCUCAAGGAAGGCAAGGGAAAAUGGAAAUUAUGGACCGAUGAUUUACAAAAUCUUCCACCAAUACCGCCCGAUAUUCCCGUGAAUCAACUAAUUAUCCCAACAAUAGAGACCGUGAGAUAUUUUCAUCUAUUUGAAUUGCUCAUCUGCAAUAGAAUACCCCUUCUAUUUGUUGGUCCAACCGGAACUGGAAAAUCAGUCUACAUCACUAAUUUUCUUCUGAAAAAGAAUGAUCCCCUCGUUUAUAAACCAUUGUUCGUUACAUUUUCGGCGCAAACAACGGCGAAACAAACGCAGGAUAUUAUAAUGAGUAAAUUGGACAAGAGAAGGAAAGGUGUCUAUGGAGCACCGCCGGGAAAACAGUGGAUUGUAUUUGUUGACGAUGUCUCGAUGCCAUUGAAAGAGGAGUACGGUGCUCAGCCUCCUAUUGAAUUAUUAAGACAGUGGCUCGAUCAUUGGUCGUGGUACGAUUUGAAAGAUAUGAGCGUAUUGAAAUUAAUUGAUGUACAAUUGGUUUGUGCAAUGGGCUCACCAGCUGGUGGUAAGGACGUGACGCCGAGAUUCAAGAGGCAUUUUUUCACUUUGGGCAUUUCGGAGUUUGAGGACGAGGUGAUGAUUACAAUUUUUAGUAAAAUUUUCAAAUGGCAUUUGGAUUCGCAAGGAUUUUCCGAUGAUUUUGAAUCGUGUGUUUAUUAUAUUGUUCAUGGAACGUUGGAUAUUUAUAAGGAGACGGCAAAAUAUUUGCUACCAACGCCUGCGAAAUCGCAUUAUUUGUUUAAUUUGCGAGAUUUUUCCAGAGUUAUUCAAGGUGUUCUGCUUUCUCGAAGGGAAACAAUAACGACUGUGGCAUCAAUGAAACGUUUAUGGGUGCAUGAAGUGCUACGAGUUUAUGGAGAUCGUUUGGUGGACGAUAAUGACGCCAAUUGGUUGGUAAAGCAAAUUCGCAAGACUCUCUUAAAUCACAUGGCUGAAGACAUGAAUGAACUCUUCAAUGACCUCUUGGACGAUGAAAAUACAGAGAUAAAUGAAGUUCAUUUGCGCAAUUUGGUAUAUUGUGACUUCAGCGACCCGUUAAAUGAGAACAAAAUGUAUCUUGAGGUCAAAGAUCUCGAUCACCUUUCCUAUGUCGCCGAAGAAUAUUUGAACGAAUACAACUCAAUAUCAAAAACUCCAAUGAAUCUGGUUCUCUUCAGAUUUGCGGUUGAGCAUCUAUCGAAGAUAAAUCGAAUUCUAAUGCAGCCGAGGAGUCACGCAUUACUCGUGGGAGUUGGCGGAUCAGGUAGACAGUCUUUGACGCGAUUAGCUGCUCAUAUAUCAGACUACGAAUUAUUUCAAGUGGAAAUUUCCCGACAAUAUGGAAAGCAUGAGUGGCACGAGGAUUUAAAAGGUUUCUUACGUAAAACAGCGGCAAGUGAAUUGCACACUGUAUUUAUGUUCACUGACAUGCAAAUCAAAGAAGAAGGAUUUCUCGAGGAUAUCAGUAAUCUCCUCAAUUCGGGUGAAGUGCCAAAUCUCUUUGAAGCCGAUGAGAGGGCAGAAAUAUGUGAACAAAUGCGUCUAAUUGAUCGACAACGUGACAAAUCACAACAAACCGAUGGCAGUCCAAUUGCACUCUUUAAUUAUUUCAUUCAACUUGUCAAGGAACAACUUCACAUUGUCAUUGCAAUGUCGCCAAUUGGUGAGAAUUUUCGUCAACGUAUCAGAAAAUUUCCGGCUCUCGUUAAUUGCUGUACAAUUGAUUGGCUCCAAUCGUGGCCCGACGAUGCACUACUUGCAGUUGCGAAGAAAUUUCUCAUCGACAUUGAAUUGCCUAUUGAUGAAAAGAAUGCUUGCAUUGAAAUGUGUCAAAAUUUUCAUAUAAUGACACAAAAUCUUUCCAGGGAAUUCCUUCUCACUGUCAAGAGAUUUAAUUAUGUGACACCAACUUCGUAUUUGGAAUUGAUAAAUACUUUUAAAUUGCUACUGCAGAGGAAACGAAGGGACGUAAUGAUGGGGAAGAAACGUUAUGAGGCUGGACUUGAUAAAUUGGACAGUACUCAUAAGCAAGUGGGUAAAAUGCAAGAGACGUUGAUUGCAUUGCAGCCGAAAUUAAUUGAAGCCGCUAAGGAUGUGGAGAAAAUGUUGGAGAAUGUUGAGAAGGAGAAUGUUGAGGUUGUUGCGAUUGAGCAAGUUGUCAAGAAGGAUGAGGAAGCUGCUUUGGUUGUAGCCGGAGAAGCAGAGGGAAUUCGAGCUGAAUGUGAUGCUGAUUUGCAAGAAGUGAUGCCAAUUUUGAACGCGGCGAAUGCGGCCUUGAAUACUUUAACUCCGCAGGAUAUUCAAAUUGUCAAAGCCAUGAAGAAUCCUCCAGCUGGGGUCAAAUUAGUCAUGGAGGCGAUUUGUAUCCUAAAAGACGUGAAGCCCGAUCGACUGCCCGGCGAAUCAGGCAGAAUGGUGGAGGACUUUUGGAAACCGUCCUUGCGUCUUCUCGGCGAUUUGCAUUUUCUCGAUUCACUAUUAGCCUUCGACAAGGACAACAUUCCCGAGAGAAUAAUAGCAAAAAUUCGCACCUCAAUAUUGACGAAUCCAAAUUUCGAUCCGGAUAAAAUAAGAAAUGCUUCAACAGCCUGUGAGGGUUUGUGCCGUUGGGUAUUCGCAAUUUCCGAAUACGAAAAAGUCGCACGAGUUGUAGCGCCAAAAAAAAUUGCACUCGCAAAAGCCGAGGCUAUUUAUAAGGAAGCGAUGGCACAACUAGAAAUAAAGAGAGCCCAAUUAAAGGAAGUUCAAGAUCGUCUGGCAAUUUUAGAAGAUAUUCUCGCGCAACGUAAGCGAGAUUAUCAAAUGAUGACCGACGAGGUCGAUGAGUGUGAGGAGAAAUUAAAAAGAGCCGAGGAAUUAAUCGGUGGUUUAGGCGGUGAAUACAAUAGAUGGUCAGAGACAGCGAAAAAUUUGGGUAAACGCUAUUAUCAACUCACUGGGGAUAUUUUAAUUGCAUCCGGAAUUGUUGCCUAUCUCGGCGUAUUUACAAUGCAAUAUCGACAGAAACAAAUUGAAUCAUGGAUAAAAAUGUGUAAAAAUUUAAAUGUCUAUUGUACCGAUGAUUAUCAAUUGACACAAAUAUUGGGCGACCCCGUUAUGAUAAGAUCGUGGAAUAUUUUUGGUUUACCUUGUGAUUUAUUUUCCAUUGAUAAUGGAAUUAUUGUCAUGAAUUCGAGACGUUGGCCAUUGAUGAUCGAUCCACAGGGACAGGCGAAUAAGUGGAUUAAAAAUAUGGAGAAGUCGUCGAUGAUUCAUGUUAUUAGACUCACACAACAAGAUUAUAUGCGAAUUCUUGAGAAUGCUAUUCAAUUUGGUCAGCCUGUGCUUCUUGAAAAUAUUGACGAGGAACUUGAUGCAGCACUUGAGCCGUUAUUGUUGAAGCAAACCUUUAAAUCGAGUGGAACACUUUGUAUAAAACUUGGCGAUUCAAUUGUUGAAUAUAAUGAUAAAUUUAGACUUUACAUUACGACGAAAUUGCGAAAUCCACACUAUUUGCCCGAGGUUGCAGUGAAGGUGACUCUAUUGAAUUUUAUGAUAACUCCCGUUGGUUUGGAAGAUCAGCUCUUGGGAAUUGUCGUCGCCAAGGAGAGACCUGAUCUCGAGGCUGAAAAAAAUCAGUUGAUUAUUCAAGGAGCAGACAAUAAAAAGAUGCUGAAGGAGAUUGAAGAUAAAAUUCUCGAGGUCUUAUCAGCGUCUGACGAGAAUAUCCUGGAAGAUCAGACAGCAGUUUCGAUUUUAAGCUCGUCGAAAGCCCUCUCAAAUGAAAUCGAAGCUAAACAAACGGCUGCUGAAAUUACGGAGAAGUCGAUCGAUGCGGCAAGACUGCAAUAUACAUCGAUUGCUGUUUACAGUACAGUUCUUUUUUUCACUAUUGCUGUAUUGGCAAAUAUUGAUCCAAUGUAUCAAUAUUCUUUGGCGUGGUUUGUAAAUCUUUUCAAGACAACAAUUGACAAUACAACGCCUGUGGAAAAUAUUGAACAACGAUUAAAGGAUCUGACAAAAUCCUUCACGUAUUCGUUGUACGUCAAUAUAUGUCGUUCACUAUUUGAGAAGGAUAAAUUGCUAUUCUCACUUCUUCUCACUGUGAAUUUACUCAAUAAACAGGGAAAAAUGUCAAUGAUACAGUGGAUGUUCUUUUUAACUGGCGGUGUUGGUUUAGAGAAUCCCGAUAAAAAUCCCACUAAAUGGCUUCUAUCAAAAUCAUGGGACGAAUUGUGUCGACUUAAUAAUAUUCCCGGAUUCACGAAAAUUAAAGAUGCGGUGGCAGAAAAUAUUAAUGGAUGGAGAGUCGUUUUUGAUGAUAAAGAGCCUCAGACAUUGACUUUCCCGGCUCCCUUCGAUAAAAUAAGCUUAUUUGAAAAGAUACUCAUUAUCCGGUGCAUGAGACCCGACAAAGUUGUAUCUUCAGUACGAAACUUUGUUGAAGAUGAAAUGGGGAAGGAAUUUAUUGAAUCGCCACCAUUCGAUUUGGCGGCAUCGUACGCUGAUUCAUUUUGCAGUGUUCCUCUUAUUUUUGUAUUGACACCGGGCGCCGAUCCAACAGCGGUUUUGCUCAAGUUUGCCGAUGAUCAAGGUUUCGGUGCUAAUAGACUGUUCUCUCUGUCAUUGGGCCAAGGCCAAGGACCAAUUGCCGAAAGGAUUAUUGACGAGGGAAUCAAAAAUGGAACUUGGGUGGUGUUGCAAAAUUGCCAUUUGGCCAAGAGCUGGAUGGGAACACUCGAAAAGAUUUGCGAGAGUUUCACGCCGGAAACGGUUCAUCCGGAUUUCAGACUUUGGUUAACGAGCUAUCCAGCGGAACAUUUUCCCGUUAGUGUACUACAAAAUGGAGUUAAGAUAACAAAUGAACCACCGAAGGGCUUAAAAGCAAAUAUCAUCAGAUCUUUUCAACAGGAUCCAAUUUGCGAGCAGGAUUUUUUCGCAAAAUCAAAGCAGCCAGAUGAAUUUAAGAGACUAAUAUUUGCAUUGUCCUUUUUUCACGCGAUCGUUCAAGAGAGACGAAAAUUUGGAUCACUAGGCUGGAAUAAUCCUUAUGAAUUCAACGAGACAGAUUUACGAAUUAGUGUGUUGCAAUUAAAAAUUUUUCUCGAUCAAUAUGAGGAUGUGCAAUUUGUCGCUUUAAAAUAUUUGACAGGUGAAUGCAAUUAUGGUGGACGAGUAACGGAUGAAUGGGAUCGACGUACUUUAAACACGAUUCUGUCUAAAUUCUAUAACGAGAAUGUGAUUAACGUUAAUGAGCACUGCUUUGAUGAAAGCGGUAUUUAUCAUGUGCCUCAGGUAAAUGAAUAUGGACAAUUUUUGAGUUACAUCAAAUCACUGCCAAUGAUAACUGGACCCGAUGUUUUUGGAAUGAAUGAGAAUGCUGAUAUUGUUAAGGAUCAACAGGAGACGGAAUUAAUGAUGACGUCCAUUUUAUUAACUCAGGACACUGCGGUUGAAGAUGAUGGAGGUAUCAAAUCAUCGGACGAAAUUGUUUUUGGAAUUUCAGUGGAUAUUUUAUCGAAAUUACCAAUCGAUUUUGAUCUUGUUAAAGCUUUGGAGAAAUAUCCCACCUCCUAUGAGCAGAGUAUGAAUACUGUUUUGGUCCAGGAAAUGGGGAGAUUCAACAAGCUUCUCCAAACUAUAAGGGACAGUCUCAUAAAUUUGCAAAAGGGCAUAAAAGGUCUUGUGGUGAUGAAUUAUGAUCUCGAGGAAAUUUACACAUCAAUGAUCACCGGAAGAAUUCCAAUAUUAUGGAAAAAAAAUUCCUAUCCUUCCCUAAAACCAUUGGGAAGUUAUAUUCAGGACUUUAUUCGUCGAUUAAAUUUUCUCCAGGAUUGGUACAAUGAUGGACCACCAAAAACAUUUUGGAUAUCUGGAUUUUAUUUUACUCAAGCAUUUUUAACUGGUGCUCGACAAAAUUAUGCGAGAAAAUAUUCAAUUCCGAUUGAUUUGUUGAUUUACGAUUUUGUCCCAUUGAAAGAAAGGGAAUUCCCUGAAGCGCCUUCCGAUGGAAUCUAUAUCCACGGUUUGUUUCUGGAUGGUGCUCGCUUCAAUAUUAAUGAGAUGAGACUCGAUGAAGCUCAUCCAAAAGUGCUAUUCGAUACAAUGCCUUAUUUGUGGUUGAUUCCAAUGACAAAGGAUAAAGUAAAAGAGAGAUUAUUAUAUACAUGUCCAGUUUACAAAACCAGCGAAAGACGUGGAGUGCUUUCAACAACUGGACAUUCAACUAAUUUUGUUAUUGCAAUGUGGCUUCCAACGAUUCAUCCAGAGGAACAUUGGAUAAUGAGAGGCGUGGCAAUGCUCUGCCAAUUAUCACAAUAAAACAAGAAAUGAAAAUUUCUGCAAAAUUAAAGUUUAAAAAAAAGAAGAUUUUUGUAUAAGUUAGGUACGUA